AUGUUCAAUGGUUCUACCAUGAUCAUUCUGAAUGCAACAGCUGGGGGACGACUUGGUGGAGGAGGUUUCUAUGCACCUGGCAGGGUGGCUAUCAGCACAUCAACGGUCAGCAUUCAGCAUGCUAGAGCCGUAGGGAUUGGUGGAGGCUUCCUUGCAGCACACGAGGUGGUGAUUGCUCAAAGGUCGAAUGUGAGCAUUUCGGACGCAGUAACAGCAUCACAAGGCGGAGGUUUCCAUGCACAGAGGCGUUUACAGGUGAUAAGCCAAUCAAUACUCAAUAUUCAGAAUGUGAAAGCUGGCAAAAAUGGUGGAGGAUUCAGUGCCUUCAAAGAGGUUGAGAUAGCUGGGAGUUCGACAGUGAAGAUUUCCAACAGCCAGGCAGUUUCGGGAGGCGGCGGAGGUCUCGCUGUGUCCGGCAGUAUGAACGUUUCCACAGCUUCCACCCUCAUGAUUCUGAAUGCAACAGCGCUCGGUGGCGCAGGAUUCUAUGCUACUGGCAAGGUUGCAAUAGACAACUCAACAGUCAAUAUUCAGCAUGCGAAGAGUGCAGGAUUCGCUGGAGGUUUCGACGCAAAGGAUGAGGUGGUCAUUGCUGGAAGGUCACAGGUGAGUAUUUGGGAUGCAGCGGCAGCAGAAUCCGGAGGAGGUUUCCAAGUGCGCAAGCAUUUACAGGUGACAAACAAGUCAACACUGAACCUUCAAGAUGUGAAAGCUGGCAAAAACGGAGGAGGCUUGUCUGCCUCUCGAGAGGUUGAGAUCAGUGGAAACUCCACUCUGAAGAUCUGGAACAGCCGGGCAGUUUCGGGAAUCGGAGGAGGUUUUGACACACAAGAAUUAAGGGUCUCCAAUUCUUCCCUGAUCAUUCUGAAUGCAACAGCUGGAACGUAUGGUGGAGGAGUUUGUGCACAACGUCGGGUUACCCUGCACAGCUCUACAGUCAGCAUUCAGAGUACCAAUGCGGGGAAGCUCGGUGGAGGUUUUACUGUCGCCGAUGAGAUCCUGAUUGCUGACAUGUCAAAUGUGACCAUUUCUGACGCAGUGGCCAAAAAAGGCGGUGGUUUUCAUGUGGAGAAGCGUUUGCAGAUGAGAAGCCACUCAACACUCAACCUUGAAAAUGUGGAAGCCGGUGACAGUGGAGGAGGGUUGUAUUCCCUUGGGGAGGUUGACAUUGGUGGAAGCUCGACAGUGAAGAUUUCCAACGGACAUGCAGUCUCUGGAUAUGGUGGAGGCUUUGACGUUUGGGCUGAACUAAAGCUCUCCAAUCGUUCCACUCUCAUCGUUUUGAAUGUAACAGCAGGAAUUAACGGCGGAGGAGUCUCUGCUGGUGGCAAGGUUGCUAUCAACAACUCAACAGUCAGCAUUCAAAAUGCGACAUCAGGACAAUCUGGUGGAGGUUUCUUUGCAAAUGGUGGCAUGGCACUUGUCGAUGCAUCUAUAGUUGCCAUGUCCGACACGCAUGCAGGGGUAGAUGGUGGUGGGUUCAUGGUUCGCACUGCGCUGACAAUGCACAAUGGCUCAAUGUCGACGGCCAAUUCCUCUGCCGAGCGGACAGGCACUGCAGGUCGUGUGGAUGGCCUGGUGCUUCUUUUGUCUCAGUCCAGCUUAGACAUUCAUCAAGCAGAAGGUGAUGGAAACUCCAGCGUUCUGGCAGCAAGUUGCCUCCAACUACAUCCUAGCUCAACCUUGGCCCUUGAGGGCAUCAUUGGUGGGCAUGGUUUGGACCUGCAAAAUGGCGGCUGCUCCUCUCUCUGCAGAAACACCACGUUCCAAGUGACAGAUGGCGCAGCUCUGAAUGCAAUGGGUCGCUUGAGCUCAGGCCUUCUGUCAGUUGAAGCCUGCCCUUCCGAAGAAGUGCGCCUCUCAAGCAUUCAUUUGGGAUCGUGGAACAGUUCACUCCUCACAACACGCCCCAGCUAUGUGGUGAUCGACAAUGUCGACAUCCACUACCGGCCACCGGUCGACAAUCUGCAGAUCCUAGCUGCUCAGGAGAACUUCAUUAUCAACUCCUUGGCCAUUUCAUGCCCGGACUGCCCGCAGGGAGUGACCUUCAAUGCAACAGAUGAUAAAACCUUGCAAGCUCUGAGCCCACAAAAUCUCCAAUGUUCCAAAGCCUCCACAGUGUCAAAUGGCUUGACACUACGUUGCGAUUGCGGAGACUACCGGAUCACAAGUGAGCACUUUCGCAACACAGAGCUGGUGUCUCUCGAAGACGUUUUCCAGACGUGCAGGUUUUGCAACAGACAAUCAUACUUCCAGGAUGGCAUUUGUCACCCUUGUGAGAUCUACCGAGCUUGGUCUGAUGGCAAACGUGACGUGUGCCAUUGGCUGCCACGGGAAAGGCCAGAGCGCGUAAUACUGUUUACAGGUGCAGCAGUGUUGGUGAUCCUGAUCUUCAUUGUGUUCGAGAUCCUUCACGCUCCUUUGGUAGUUCUUGACGCAAGGUCUGAUUUGGAAGACUCCUCGGAGGUGGCAACCAAAAGGAUCUUCACCAUCUCAGUGCAGGGGCCUAUUACCAGCCUUCCUGAGAGCAUAUCACGGCUGGUGCACCAGAGAGUGCAUUAUCGUGCAAGGGGAACCAGUUUGCAGUGGCUGGAUGUUGAUCAACAAAAGCCGAAGGCAGUCAAGGUUUGCAGUGUGGCACAGAGGAAGCUUUUGCUUCAAGAUGCACACGUGCCAUUUGAUUGCGCUUCCUGCAGAGGGUCCCUGCACGCCACCGAGACUUGUUUCCUCUUCACCCUGCUCAUUGCCUUGCUAGUUUUGCUUCUGAUUCUGCCCACCAUUAUCAAAGUCGCCGUCAUGUCCGGGAAUCGCUUGGAACAUACAAGUGUCACCGCUGUGUUCUACAUUGCUCUUCCAAUGGCGGUUGUGGCUGCGGUGCUGCACUGGCCGGUGGCAUGGCUCAUUCAACGCCUGUACCGUAGAACGCCCUUCUCGGAAGCUUUGGAUGACUACCAGAAACAAAUCCACUGCAAGCCACAUCCAGGCCCAGAUGCAACGCAUCCUCACAACCAGGGCCUGUUGGUCCUCACACUACGUGGAUUAUGGAAGCACUUUGAGAGCUUCAUUUUGGAGCGGAAUAUGCAUUUCGUGGUGGCCAAUCUUGUAAGGCCCCUGACGCAGAGCAAAGGCGUGUCCUUCGUGACUCUUUGGGGUGGCAUGCAGGUGGACUACUUUGUGUCACAUUCCUGGGGCACGAGCUUCUCUCACUUUGUGCGCUCCAUUCGCUGCCAUGCCUUGUCCAAGGAAGGCCCUACAUCUUGGAUCGAUGCAGCCUAUUGGAUUUGCUCCUUUGCCAAUAACCAGUGGAAUAUCGCAGCCGAACUGGCCGACGAUCCGAUGGAUAGCGCUUUUGCAAGGGCCUUGAGGGGUGGGAUUAAGGGAGUUGCCAUGGUGUUAGAUCGCGAGGUGCAACCGCUCACUCGAGUUUGGUGCUUGUUCGAGUUCCUCCUGUCCAGUCAAGAGCAUCUGGAGCUGGUCUUCACUACUGACGUGGGAGUCGUGGGUGACGACGGAUGCAAGUCUUUCGACAUCGCCUUGGAAGUCGGCAAGAAGAUCGAGUGCCUGGAGGUGGUGAAGUGCCAGGCAUCCAGUGAAGAAGACAAGAGAAAGAUCUUUGAAUACAUCAUCAAUACCUUGGGCAGUUUGGAGAGCAUGGACGGCCGGAUCAAACACUUGAUGGGACAGAUGCUGAAGAAGAACUUGGCCAAUGUGGGAAGCGCGACUGAUAGCCUGCUGCACAGACUAGGUCAAAACUAA